AUGGUCAUACGCAACUUGACUUCGUUUGUCAAUACCAUCCGUGGAGCGUCCACCAGAGAGUCACUGAUAAAGAUCCUGACUGGUGGCCCAGACCAGGAGUCCUCUGAGCAACUUUCACGCGGGAAAUCCAAACAGUUGCGCAUAGCCAUCGAUGGCGACUCCCUCUUUUAUUACUUGUAUAUGCAAAAGGUAGACUGGCUCAUCGGAGGUGAUGGGCCGUUCUUUUCAUCGGUUAUCAAGGCAUUUAUUGACUCACUAGCACGCUUUAACAUAACACCCGUGAUCUUUGUCCCCCCUUCAUAUGUAAGCACAACCUCACCAUCUCAGGAACUUAAGAAAGGAAAAACCCACGUUCAGUACGUGGCAGAGAUCGCGAGAGCCAUAGAAAAGGACUCCGGCACCACCUUGGAAAAGACAGCAAGGAACGUUCAGUUCUAUCCUCUAUCACACUAUACCUUUAUCGAUACCUUAAGAGCUAACAAGGUCCAGUUUCGAGUCACAGACGGGCCUGUCAUUCCAUACAUAUGCGCUUACGCGAAGGAGAAGAACAUCCCCGUCAUAGCCUAUGACACUGUUUAUUACGCGCAUGAUAUUCCUUGCUACAUUCAUUGUGACUCUAUUACAUUUAAACCAAAUGACAUUCAGGUGAGAGUCGUUCGACCAUCUGUAAUACUUAAGGAUCUGCAGCUCUCUGUUAAGCAGUUCCAGCUCAUAUGCCGUCUUUUACCAUCAGAUUUUUAUAUUCCAACAGCUCUGGCACCAUUUCGAGACAUGGUUUUUGACAAUUUUAACGGUGGCAAAAAGCAGCUAGAAGAAGCAGAUAUACAUGUUCAGCGCAUUAGUGCACUCGUUUCUUACGUAAAAAGUCACACCAAUGCUGGAGACGAUGCCUCAUCUGACGAUUAUGCAGAGUUCUUUGUCAAUAUCCAAGAACUCAAUGCAAAGUACUAUAAUGACCACAGAGAUAAGUAUUCUAAACGAUUGAGCUCGGGUACUGGUGACUUAGGUAACGAGUUAGCUCAACCCGAGGUCAACGAUCUAGAAGAGUUGCUACCAACAGACCAAGACAAGGUUUUGGAAAUCCUCCACAGUUCUGCGCGGAUGUUUAAUCUCAAAGACUAUAAAGAUUCCGUCAAACUCGUUUCUCCGCGUGAAAACUCACGGUUUGACUCACAAGUCUUUCCAAAUUGGAUAGAGACUUUUGCGCGGCAGGGGCUCAUUCCUCCCAUUCUGAUGUUUGCCAUUAACUUGGGCUUCAUACCAUUACUUUGUGGAAUAGAGGCUGUUUCGGGGAGCCUACUUGGAAGGACCUCUUCAUGUCUACUAGCACGUCAGCUCCGCGUAUUCUCCUAUUCUUUGCUGGGUCUCAGUCGUAUGGAUGAGCAAUUUAGACGCGGAGAAGAGUGGGUGUCUGAGGUUCUCGACUUACCUCUGUUUAGUGACCUAGUUGAAAGAUAUCAACUUUUACCGUUGAAGAAGCUUGUGACCGGGGCGGAUACCUCUUAUCUUGAAAAGUUUCCAAGUCUAGCGGGCCCUGUGCGUCGAGAGCUUGUUCUGUUGGUUUUGCUGGAUGGGGACUCGACCUUGGUGAGCAAUUUGAUUGAGAGAUUCUCAAAGCCGGCGGUGGUGAACUCGGCUGAACCGGACUCUAUCAAGGCACCAGAGCCAUCGCUCUGGCACACAGAUGUGUUUAUCUUUGCGUGCAUAAUUCAUAUGCUUAAGCGUCUUGCUGAGCUGGAGGAGACUUGCGAACACGUAAAAGGAGAGCAGGCAUCUGUAUCGUCUGAAAUGCUGGCGACUAUACUGACAGCCGCAUACCUUCCGCUCUGCCCGGAUAUCGAGCAGGCGAAUCCCAAGCGUAGCGCGUGUAAUAUAAACAUUCAUAUGCUUACGCUUACGUCUGCGCUGCAAUUUGUCUAUGAGGCAGGUUUGAUAGUCAACUCUCUGCUUGGCAGACCGUUGGACAUCCGUGUUACAGACUUACACAGGGGGUUAUCCUAUCUCCUCUUAUACCACGAAGAGAACCAUGAAAGGAAUUCUCAGCUGCGUAAGUAUAAUCUAGGUCUAACGGACCCUAACACACCAUUCUAUCAGUCGGAUGCUUAUAACGUUACGAAGAAAGCUAGACAAGAGAAGAAUUAUACCACGCUUUCUAGGCAAGACAAGUACAUCUGCACGAAUAUCGAGAAGUACGAACGACUGCGGCUAGCACUAACUACUUUAUCUCAUGACGUGCUGCCAACCAUAAAAGAUCCUAACAGCUCCUCUGCAAUGGCCAUCACAAGGUUGACAGAUGGGUCGUACGUGUCACCCUCUGACUUGCAAACCCUGCCAAUGGAGGCUCGCUUUUACAUGGUCAAUCAGGAGCAGAAGCAGCCACGAAAGCCUAAGAAAAGAGAAACGCCUUAUAGCUUUACUGAAUUAAGAAACAAUCAUCAAACACAAGCAGACCAGCAACAGCCUCUUUGCAAGGAACAACAGGGACAGUGA